AUGUUCUGUAUGUGGGAAAUAUUUCAGCUGGAACUCACACCUGAUUGCACAUAUGAGAACUCAUACAGGAGAAAAACCAUUUGAGUGUCCAGAAUGUGGAAAAUGUUUUAAUUGGGUGUCAAGUCGUAAUGCACAUAGAAAAAUGCACAGAAGAGAAAAGAAACGAUUACCAUGCGCUUACUGUGGUAAAUGCUUUCUUAAGAAAGAUCGUCUUGUUGUUCAUCAGAGAAGUCAUACAGGAGAACAAGCCUUUGUAUGUUCUGAAUGUGGAGAAUCUUUUAAGUUGAAAUCAGCUCUUAUUGGUCACAUGAGAAUUCAUUCAGGGGAGAAAACAUUUGAAUGUCCUGAAUGUGGGAAAAGCUUUAACUGGCCGUCUGGACUUCUUGGUCACAUGAGAAUUCAUACAGGAGAAAAACCAUUUACAUGUCAUGAAUGUGGGAAAGGCUUCAUGAGCAACUCUCACCUCAUUCGACAUCAGGGAAUGCAUUCAGCAGAGAAACAGUUUCCAUGUCCUGUAUGUGGGAAAUUUUUAAAAUACAAAUCCACUCUUGAUUUACACAUGAAACAUCACACAGGUGAAAAACCGUUUGCUUGUCCUGACUGUGGGAAAUCAUUUAGUAAUAACUCAUCUCUCCGUGUGCAUCAGCGGAGUCAUAUAGGAGAAAAACCAUAUAAAUGUUAUUGUGGCAAAAGUUUCAAUAGUAACAAUUACCUUAUUGUCCACCAGAGAAUUCACACUGGAGAAAAACCUUAUGCAUGUUCUGAAUGUGGGAAAUGUUUUACAUCUGAGGCAAAUGUCCUUAGCCAUAAGAAAUCUCACAUAGGAGCUAAACCUUUCACAUGUUCUGAAUGUGGAAAAUGUUUUGCCAACAAGACCCUUCUAGUUAUACAUUUGAGGAUUCACACAGGAGAGAAACCAUUUGCUUGUUCAGAUUGUGAUAAGUCCUUUCGUUGUGCUUCAUACCUUGUGAGUCAUAAGAAAGUUCACACAGGCGCAAAACCAUUUUCUUGUUCUGAAUGUGGAAAAUGUUUUACACGAAACACAACGCUUGUUGCACAUCAAAGGGUGCAUACUGGAGAAAAACCGUUCUCAUGCUCAGAAUGUGGAAAAUGUUUUAAGUGUAAAUCAGACAUUUUUAAACAUCAAAUGAUUCACACAGGAGAAAAACCAUUUGAAUGUUCAGAUUGUGGGAGAUGUUUUAACAGAAGCACAUCCCUUACCAAACAUAAGACUCUUCACACAGUAGAAACAUCCACGUAAAUUCCUUUUUUCUUCCACUUACACCACAAAACCAAAGAUGGGUCCAUGACUAGGAGCACCCCUGAUGGACAUACAAUUUGCCAUAGAACCCCAAAUUUUAUGAGGGAAAAGAUCAGUGUUGUCCAGAAUAAUCACACUGUCAGAAUUACUCCAAGCAAGAGGAUGAAGAAACAUGUGGUUACAAACUCUAUUAUAACUAAAUCAUGUGUCAUGGAACCAAUUUCAGUAUCCAGUACUAAUCGGUCUAAAGAUGUUGUAGGAAACACAAAUGCAUCUAGUUUUAAGCAACACAGACAGCGAAACACCAGAUCCCAAAGAAGCCUUAAUCCUGUUUCUAUAAUGAGGUAUAAUUCCGUCAAAGGAACUAUGGCUAUAAAGCGUGAAAAAGAUGAUACCUUUAAAAGAGCAAAGGAGAGAGCUAAAUGCUCUGAGCAAUCUAAACCUGAUGCUACAGCUUGUGAUCUUUAUGAGGAGGCAACUCACGAUGAAAAAAAGCCAUUUAUAUGUUCUGUAUGUAGAAAAUAUUUCAACUGGAACUCCCAUCUAAUUGCACAUAUGAGAACGCAUACAGGAGAGAAACCAUUUGAGUGUCCUGAAUGUGGAAAAUUGUUUAAUUCAGUAUCAAAUGUUAACUCGCAUAGGAAGAUGCACAGAAGGGAAAAGAAACGAUUACCAUGUGCUUACUGUGGAAAGUGCUUUCUCAAGAAAGAUCGUCUUGUUGUUCAUCAGAGAAGUCAUACAGGAGAACAAGCCUAUGUAUGUUCUGAAUGUGGGGAAUCUUUUAAGUUGAAAUCGGCUCUUAUUGGUCACAUGAGAAUUCAUUCAGGGGAGAAAACAUUUGAAUGUAUUGAAUGUGGGAAAAGCUUUAACUGGCCAUCAAUUCUCAUUGCUCACAUGAGAAUCCAUACAGGAGAAAAACCAUUUACAUGUCAUGAAUGUGGGAAAGGCUUCAUGAGUAACUCUCACCUCAUUCGACAUCAGGGAAUGCAUUCAGCAGAGAAACAGUUUCCAUGUCCUGUAUGUGGGAAAUUUUUAAAAUACAAAUCCUCUCUUGAUUUACAUAUGAAACAUCACACGGGUGAAAAACCUUUUGUUUGUCCUGACUGUGGGAAAUCCUUUAGUAAUAACUCAUCUCUUCGUGUGCAUCAGCGGAGUCAUAUAGGAGAAAAACCAUAUAAAUGUUAUUGUGGGAAAAGUUUUAAUAGUAACAAUUACCUCAUUGUCCACCAGAGAACUCACACGGGAGAGAAACCUUAUGCAUGUUCUGAUUGUGGGAAAUGUUUUACAUCUGAAGCAAAUGUUCUUAGCCAUAAGAAAUCUCACACGGGAGUUAAACCUUUUGCAUGCUCUGAAUGUGGAAAAUGUUUUGCCAACAAGUCACUUAGGGCUGUACAUCUGAGGAUUCACACAGGAGAGAAACCAUUUGCUUGUUCAGAGUGUGAUAAGUCCUUUCGUUGUGCUUCUUCCCUUCUCAGCCAUAAGAAAGUUCACACAGGAGAGAAACCAUUUGCAUGUUCUCAAUGUGGGAAAUGUUUCACCAGGAACACAACACUUGUUGCACAUCAGAGGGCUCACACUGGAGAAAAACCUUUCUCAUGUUCAGAAUGUGGAAAACGGUUUGCCUGUAAAUCAGACAUUUUAAAACAUCGAAUGAUUCAUACAGGAGAAAAACCAUUUGAAUGUUCUGAGUGUGGGAGAUGUUUUAACAGAAGCACAUCUCUUGCUAAACACAAAACCCUUCACAUAGUAAAUACAUCCUGAAUGUUCUACUUUUUUCCAGAAAAACCAAAAGUCAAAUUGUUCACUAAAACAAAAAUACCUUUUCAAUUUCUUUGUUGCCCUAUUGUUGUAAAUUAUGAAUUAUUUAUGCAUAUGUUAAAGGGAUGUAAACCCAAUUGUUUUCUUUCAUAAUUCUGAUAAAAUUGUAUGUUCUAACCCUUUAACAA